GAUAUCAAUAAUCACACUACCUAUACAGAUAUUGCUCGAGAAAACAAGAAACUCGAGAAUAACAAAUAUUAUCGCGGCAAUCUGUAUCUCCAUCUCCUCAUUUCCACUUAAACUCUCAUGUCUCGCUCACCGUUUCUCACUCAACUUUAAACUUCAUGCCCCGGUUACCUCCAUGUAAGGUAAGUUUAAGUGACGUAGACGCCGUUAAAAUGAUAUGCAGGUAAAUGCAAUGUCAGACCAUUACCAUUUAAAUAGUCGCCUAUCGCGGUUGCUAACUAUCAACCAACAACCAUGGGCCAUUCACUGUCUAUGUCUGUUCCCGGCUUUGAUAAUACAUCUUUGUAAAUACUUUCCAUUGUAUCAAUCAAUCUGUUUCCAAAACGUCUGAAAGCCUUGGGAACCUGCAUGUGGCCUCUCAGUAACAACAACACAAACACUAUUGAUCGCUGGCCUGACAUCGGUUGCAAAUUGAGAUAUUGAAAUACAUAUGUUCUGCUUCUCAAGAGAUUGGUGGGCCGAGAGUGCUCAUCAAAACACCAUACUUAGCACGCCACCAACCAAGCUGCAAAGGGCUUCACUGCGAGAGAUCAUAACAUAUCACGAUGUCAAGAGUCAAUGAGAGCUAGGGGCUUUUUAUUUUAUGUUCAUUUUUUUGUAUUUUAUAAUUUUCUAUGUCUCAAAAAAACCACCAUCCAAACCAUGAACCAAACAUCCUUCUUCAUCAUUGGGCUCUGCCCCUAGCUGAUCAUCUAUUCAUUCUUCAUUCUUCAUCCUUCAUAUCCACCGCAAGCAACAUCAUUCUCAUCAUUCUCGCUCUCCUCUCAUGACUCGUACUUUACUGCUGCGCGCCAGGACCAAAGCGAACCUCGCACUGGGGCAACGCGAGUUGCGGUACAAGGGCCUUCUUGGUGCGAGCCUUCUUCUUGGGCGCGGCACUGGCAUCCUCACCCGCCUUGCGCUUGUUGUUGCCAGUCUUGGCGGUGUUGGUUGUGGUUGUGGAAGUAGGUAGAGUAGUGGUGGUUGUCUGGUUCAAUACGGCAGGGUUCAGGAAUACUCCCUCUGAGGCUCCAUUAGUGGUGUUGUCUUGGCCCUGGGACUGCUAGUCGGGGUUGAAGACAUUGCCCACAUCACCAAACAGGUUGUUGUAAGGGUCUUGGGGGUGGAACUCGGGGCCCUGGGGAGGCUGGAAAGGGGCAUCUUGAGUCUCUUGAGAUGCCACAGCGGGAGAAUACGGCAUAUCUACAAGGCUCACAUUAGGUGCGGCAGGAGGCCAGGUUGAGGCAGGUCCAGUAGCGUUAGAAGAGUUGAAGUCUGAACAGCCAGCAACAGGGAACAUAGUGUUGUUGUUGCCAGUAGUAGCGCUGGGGUCCUGAAGGUUGUUUUCAGGGAGGUCUUCAAGACUGGCAAAGAUAUCCAGAGGGACGUCGUCCAAAAAGGCCGGAAUAUCAGCUGGGGACAUGCCUUCGGUCACUCCCGCGGUCUGCCUGUUCACGGCAUCGACGUCGAUAGAAGAGUCUAUUCCCGCAAUCAGCAUAAGAACACUGCGAUCAGUGUAGUUCAACUCACCACCAGCUCGGAACCGCUCAAUGAGGCCAGCGCGCUCAGCGUCCAAGUCUCGAUUGUAUGGGUUGGGGAUAUCAGCAACAAAAACUGCAAUGUCAGCCUGCUCUGGGAGAGGUCGAUCGAGCUCGUUGGAGACUCUGCGCAGCUGGGUGCCUUGUUCAUCGUCUCGGGGAAACAUGGAGAUCUCGUCACAUGGCUCAGACAAAGUGUCCUUGUCUCUGAGGGACAGAUCAGGUUGACAAGUCUUGAAAAUGUCCAGAACGGGGACAGACAGGGAGGGGUCAACAAUAUGGGGCAUAGAAGCAUUGACUUCGAUCUGAGCCAGCUGGUCUUGAGAGGUGACAGCAGAAGCAUCCUCAGAAUGGCCAACAAGCCAUGCGGCAACAGCAGAAAGAUCGUGAUCAAGGGUUUUGGCAGCGCCAGAAUCAGAGACGGGAGUCGAUGGGGACUGGGAAGAGCCAGAUUGCGUGGAGGAGAAUUGAGCAAAAGGCUCAGUAUCGAGAGGCAAGUCCUCGUAAGGGGUAUUUCUGGUGUCAACAAACAUGGGAUCGAGGUCAGCAGGAAUCUCAAAGCUGUGAUCGUUGGUGUUGGUAAAGUCCUCAGUGGGCUGGAGGACGCUAUCGUCCGAGGGGUUGAAAGGUUGGGAAGCGAAGUCGUUGCCAAGGAGGUUGGCCGUGGGUUGUUCGUUGGUGGUUUGAGAAGUGAAGCUGCUCUCUUGAGCGAGUUGAAGAGUUAAGUCACCGCCAGUGGUAGGUGGUUGAGUGAUGCCAGCAGUGAAUGACUGGGUGAAGUCACUGUCAAGGAUAACUUGGGGAGGGGAUAAGCUCAUCGAAGGUUGCCGAUUGAAAGCGUCGCCGCCAGCAAAUCGUGCAGGGAGGGCAGUGUUACUCUGGAUAGUGAAGGGGUCGUUGGAAGCUUGAGCGAUAGGACCGUUGUUCAGAGAGAGCUGAGCGCCGAGAGUAGUGGCAAGUUGAGCAUCGCCAGCGACGUUAGUAGUAGAAAUAGUAGUAGUAGCAGUAGUAGUACUCUUGCGUCGCUUCUUGUUGACGAUGUUCUCGGAUGGGGUUUUGAGAACUCUAGUCUGCCUCGUAGCCUUGGAUUUCCUGGUCCUCUUUGUAGACUUUGAGUUCUGGAUCGGCUCGCCAGUCUUAGCAGCUUCAUCCAUGGCAGUCUUCUUCUCCGUUCGAAUCUCUAUCAGCAUUCUAUUGAGCUCUGCAGCGUCUAAUUUCUUGGGUCCGGG